AUGGCGGGCCGCAGAGCUGCCAUCAAGGCCAUUGACUGGGCGGCCUUCGCCGAGAGGGUGCCCCCCAACCAGAAGGCCAUGUUCAACGCUCUGAAGAGCCGCAGUGAUGCGCUGUCGGCCCGGUUGGCUGCCCUGCCAGAGAAACCUCCAGCCAUCGACUGGGCUCAUUACAAGGCUGCCGUUGCCAAAGCUGGCAUGGUGGAUGAGUUUCAGAAGAAG